GCCUGCCUUUUAAUUUAAAGAUAAAUCAGAUAUAAAAAAUACAGUAUCAUUAAGGCCAAAAAAAAAAAAAAACUAAAAAUGGGAAAUUAUUUUACAAUUAAUAUGGAGGAAAAUUUUAAAAAGAAUCAAGAAUUUAUACAGUCUAUCAAUAAAAUAAAGAUGGAAAGACAAAUUCAACUACAAUAUCAACUUCAGGAGCGUCGAGAUGCAUUACAAAUAGCAAAAAAUCGUGAUUUUUGUUUAUGGUUUACGGCAUUUUACAUUGUGUCAACCGCUGGACUAUUUACAGGGUUCAGGAGAACGAAGAGGGCAUACUUCAUGUUUCCAAUGAUACCUUUAUCAUUUAUAACACUUUACAGCUGGGAUUUGGCAUACGGAAAUAAAGAGCACAGACUUCGAAUGGAAGCUGAACAUAUAAUGACACACGAAGCAGAUCUUCUGGAAACACCAUGUGGUCUUCCAACACCAUCGUCUAUUGAUUUGGGCCGUCUAGAUGCCGAAGAGAAGAAAAAAAUCCAUCCACCACUAGAACACUUUUAAUUUUAACAAUUCUUUAAAAAAAAACCUAAUAUCCAAGCUCAAGUUACUAAUUAAUCGUGCCUUGAUGCUUAUUUGAGAAAAGGCUAGAUGCAGUAGAAAAAAAUAUAUUAUGUAGUGAAUGAAAGUUUUAUAUAAGUAGGUAGACAGUUGUUAUAAAGAACGUUUCAAAACUUUCAAAUUUCUUCUUGUAGGUACUUAUAUGUAUGUAUAAAAGAUUUAUACAGCGUGUUGCAAAAAGGGUAUACCGAACCGAAACCUAUGCAACACCCUGUAUUUACCUAACCUAAUCCGACCUGCCUUCCUGUACGCGAUGAAAUAUACAAGCUAAAAUACUUGGCCCAAAUUGUUAUUCUAUUUAACAUAAUCAGUCACAAUCAGUUUACCACCAACAAUCAAUACUUAUGCAGCAUUACCUACUUAUCUGUCAAACUUCUGUCAUAUCCAUACAAAAUACGACAGAUUUGACAGACAAGUAAUGCUGCAGAAGCAUUUUCGGUUGGUAAUGUUUAUAA